CGUGUGUUGUCGUUUGGAUGGUGCUGCUGUUGUGCAAAGCUGGUAGAAAUAUUCUUUAGUGCUUUUAGGUAGUUGAUUGUUGUUACUUGAUGAUACGUGGUGUAUGGCUUGUUUGGAGCGUGUGUUUGUGUUUCUACGUGAGAAAAUAUUUCAAAGUGAUAUAACAUGGAAGGAAUGAUUAGCCUGGUGCUCAAGAACAGUUUAUGAUGAUUUUUAAAUAUUUGCUCUUUUGAGUUGUUUUGUAAAAUCUCGCUUUGCCUUGUAUGACAAAAUAACAGUUAGGUGUUACAACUUCGUAAUACGUACUCCGUUUUGCCUAGCGGAGUGUAUUCAGUGGAAAAUAAUUUUACUGACAUUCAGUUAAACUGUUUUGUGUUCAACGCCAACGCCGUGCCUUGCAGUCCACAGAGAAUCGUGAUGGGAUGAUCGGCGCCGCGAUGCCCGCCGCGACGGAGGCGCCGUACCGCGGGUCGCGGCUGCGGCCGCAGGAGGAGGCGCUGUACCGCAGCAACUCGAGCCUGGAGCUGCUGGCGGGCCAGCACCACCACCAGCAGCAGCAGCUGCAGCAGCAGCAGCAGCAGCAGGAGCCGCGGCGCGAGUACGGCAGCCACGGCUCGCUCGACGUGCUCUCCUCCUCGUCGGACAGCUUCUUCGCCAUGCUGCAGGACUACCGGCCCGCCGUGCUGGGCGCGCUGUGCUCCGACCAGCGCAGCCCGGGUCCCGCCGAGUUCCUCAAGGGCAAGGUGGAGCCGCCGCCGGCCUCGGAGAACGCCUCGAACGCGCUGGCCGAGGAGGGCAUGGCGGCCAGCACGAGCCCCAAGCUGCGCCUGAAGCUGCAGCGGCUGUGGGCGGGCGCUCGGCCGCCGCGACCCGCCGCCGACGACACGCUGGACUCCGGCGAGGAGCGGCUGCGGCGGCGCUGCCUCGCGCACCACGACUGCCAGUCCAUGGCGGCCAGCCUGGGGUGCGCGGCGCGCCUGCGAGGCCUGCUGCUGGGGCGGCGGCGCAACACCGCCACCGGCGCCUCGGCCGCCUCCAUGGUGGGCGCGCGCGCCGCCACGCCCGAGGGCGCGCCCGAGCCCGACGAGGACCCGGGGGACGGCCGCGGCAACCACCUGCUCGAGAGCUGUCCCUUCUUCCGCAACGAGGUGGGCGGCGAGGGCGAGCGGGUGGUGAGCCUGACGCGCCAGGCCGCGGGGCCACGGCGCCGCCCCCUGCACCGCCCUCACAUGGCGGCCGGCGUGUCGGUGCUGGAGUUCCCUCCCGGGGACACGCAUUGGCGCCACGGCACCUGCCCGUUCGAGCGCCAGCCGCGCUCCAUAGAGAGCGUGGACCAGGGCGCGCUCUACUACCGCAACUACUUCCACGGCCACGAGCACCAGAACUGGUUCGGCAUGGAUGAGAACCUGGGCCCGCUGGCAAUCAGCAUCCGGCGGGAGCGGCUGGAGGGCUGCGAGAGUCCCGGCCAGCAGCAGUACCACUACCGCCUGCUCAUCAGGACGAGCGAGCUGAUGACUCUGAGAGGGUCCGUCCUGGAGGAAGCCAUUCCGAACCUUAAGCCCCCUAGCAACAGCAAGACUCUGAACACCAAGGAGGUGUUGGAGUACGUGGCCCCGGAGAUACAGCUGUCCUGCCUGCGGCUGGCCGUGCCGUCGCAGCAGACGGAGGACCAGCUGCUGAAGCUGGAUGAACAGGGCCUCACCACGCACUACAAGGUGGGCGUGAUGUACUGCAGCGCGGGGCAGAGCACCGAGGAGGAGAUGUACAACAACGAGGACGCGGGGCCAGCCUUCCACGAGUUCCUGGAAAUGCUGGGGCAGCGCGUGCGUCUCAAGGGCUUCCACAGCUACAAGGCCGGUCUCGACAACAAGACUGACUCGACGGGCCUGUACUCGGUGUACGCACAGUACCACCACUGCGAGGUCAUGUUCCAUGUGUCGACGUUGCUGCCCUUUACGCCCAACAACAGACAGCAGCUACUGAGGAAGCGGCACAUUGGCAACGACAUAGUGACUAUAGUAUUUCAGGAGCCGGGCGCUCUGCCGUUCACACCAAAGAAUAUUCGUUCUCAGUUCCAGCACGUGUUUAUUGUAGUACGUGUCAUCAAUCCUUGCACAGACAACACACAGUACAGUGUUGCUGUAAGUCGUUCAAAAGAGGUUCCUGUGUUUGGACCUCCAAUCCAUGAGUCGGCUACAUUUUCUAAGUCCAAAGCCUUCGCAGAAUUUCUUUUAGCUAAGAUAAUAAAUGCAGAGAAUGCAGCUCACAGGUCAGAGAAAUUUGCAACGAUGGCGACCAGGACGAGGCAGGAAUACCUCAAAGAUCUCGCCGCAAACUACACCACUUCCAUUGUUCUGGAGACGGGGCAGAAAUUCUCGAUAAUGUCGUUCAGCAGCAGCAAGAAGAAGGAGCGGGCGGGCAGACCCAGGUUCGUGCCUGGGCCGCUGCAGCGCGGGGCGAUAUGCUGGCAGGUGGUGCUGGACGACGGAGGGCAGUCCAUGCUGGUCGACUGCUUCCUGGGCAUCUCCACCGACACGUUCGUGCUGGUGGAGGAGAGCAGCCGCGAGAUGGUGUUCGUGGCGCCGUGCCAGUCCGUGCUGGGCUGGCACACCCAGGCCAGCAGCGUGAGGGUGUACCACCACCAGGGAGAGUGCACCACCAUCCACACGCGGGACGGCGCCGACCACGACGAGCUGCUGGAGAUAGUGGCCAGGCUGCAGGCGGUGACGGGCGGCUGCGAGGCCAGGGAGCUGACCCUGAGACGCAACCAGCGCGGACAGCUGGGCUUCAACGUGCAGCCGGACGGGGUCGUCACCCAAGUGGAGGGCCUGGGGCCCGCGUGGCAGGCGGGCCUGCGCCAGGGCUCCCGCCUCGUCGAGAUCUGCAAGGUGGCUGUGUCGACGCUGUCUCACGACCAGAUGGUGGAUCUGUUGAAGACUGCGGUGGUGGUCACAGUUACCCUCAUACCACCACUGCCCGACGGCUCUCUCCGCAGGGGCUGCUCGGCACAGAGCUGUCGCCUCACCUGGGGCAGCUUCGAGGGGGACUACGAGAAUGUGUCCUCUCCGAGUCCGGAGGAGGGCAUCAGUCCCUCUCGCAAGCCCCAAGAGCCCCAGUCCGUUGUGCCGGGGAACUAUCGGCGCUGGUACGAGCGCAACGUGUCCCCGCCUCGAUCCAGCAACAGCUCGGGAUAUGGCACUGCCAGCAGCAACAAGUCCUUUACCGACUCUCGCUUUCCAGCUAAUCCUGAGGGAACUCUGACCAGCUCGUCCAGCGGCCACUCGAGUGAUGACCGCUGGUACGAGCUGCUGGACACUGUGGGCUGCGAGGGGACAGCAACUGCGAAGGUGGUUGUGGACACCCCUCCCCCACUGCCCGCGCGCCUGGGGUCGAGCGGUGGCAGUGCCUUCCAGCACGUUCCCCCCGCCCACAAAGCCAAAGUGCAGGUGUCUCACUCGCUGCCCCUGCCGCACGCCAGCUUCUCUCUGCCGCUCACCCAGCCAGAUCUGCGUCCUGCCAAGGUGUCUGAGGCCACUGUUAAACCUCAUCAGAAUGACUCUAGCAGUACGCCAUCAGACUGCAGCAAUAGUAGAGUUGUUAAUGAUGGCCACUCAACAGACACCAGUUCUACCAGUGACCGACUGUGUGGGGCACGCAGUGAAGACGAGCUGUCGACGGGCAGCGGCAACGUGUCCCCGCGGCUGCGCCGAGCCAGCAAGCAGCAGGGCGGGACCCUGACGCCCUCGAGCGGCAGCAGUCGCAACCAGAGCCCUCGCCCCAAGGACACGGGGGAGGCGCGGCUGCGGCCGGGCGUGACCCCCAAGAGCAACCGCAACAGCGCCAACCUCGCCUCCAGCACCCUGCAGGAGGACCUCAUGAGACUGAUCAACCCCGACUACUUGGGCGAUGCACCGCCGGAGAGCGGCGGCAAGAAGGAGGAAACAGUGGUGGUUGUGCCGUCUGCUGCGGGGAAAGUGCACAGCAGCAGCCGCUCGCGGGAGAAUCUCUGCGGACCCAGCUCCCAAGACACGUCCGCGGUAGAGGUGAUCCUGACGAUGGCACGCCCGGCCACCGUCAUCUCCAACGCCAGCACGGCAUCCAGCCCGGCCCCCAGCGAGAACAAGCUGCUCAGCAAGGAGGAGAGGCUGUCGCCGCGGGCCACCAAGGCGGACGGGGGGCCCAAGCUGCCCCUGCCGCAGGAGAUGGACUGGCCCAGCCUGGUGGACACGGCCACACGGGCCAUGCUGCAGGUGCGCGACGAGGUCCCGGAGGCGGCCCGCAACGGGGAGAGUCUCGGCCACUGGGUGGACGACAUGAGGCUGGGCCUCACCUCCGCCCCUAGCACAGGGCGGCGUGUGACGGAGCUGCACACUCACCUGGCCAGCCUGGAGUGCCGCGUGGCUCAGGAGACACGACUGCGGCAGUCCCUGGAGGAUGAGGUGCGGCGGUUGCGCGAUGAGAACCGUCGCCUGCAAGAGGAGAGCCACACCGCUGCCCAGCAGCUGCGUCGCUUCACGGAGUGGUUCUUCCAGACUAUUGACAAGCAGUGACUGUACUGCGCUCCCGUAUCGCCAGCUAUUAGUUCAUUCUAUAAACAUAUCAGUAUUUUGCAGCUUGUCUCCAACAGUAUUUUUAUUAUUUCUUUUUUCUAACUGUUCAAAUUCUUAAUACAACUACUUUUGUUCCAUAGUUGUUUCUACUCAUCACAGAUUUCCUGGAUUAAAUAGUUGUGAUUAUCUGGCAGGAUUCUUAAAUACAGAAAGGGUGAGUAGUGACAUGUAUUAGUAUGAAAGAAGAAAAAAAAAACAUGUUUCUAACAAACUGGUUAAUAUAAAAAAAUUCCGUUACUUUCAGAUAUUCACGGUUUCUUUUCUAUUCCAUGUGUGCUGUUCUAGUUUGUCAUAAAAUAUUCAUGUUAAGUUUCAUAGGUUUAUGUUAAGGAGUGGCUAAAAGGCUGGGACCCAGGCGGGCUUUGCGCUGUCUUGACAGGGGAGCAUAACUGUGACCAAAGUUAAAGUACUUUUAAUGAUCCUUUUACUUAAUAUUGGUUUUCAUUUAUAAAAGAAUUAUUAAUUAAUACUGUCCUCUACUCUUAGCAGUGUAAAUUAUAGUAUCUAGCAAAGUAUCAUGUUGUAUUUAUUAAUGCUAAUGCAUAUGUUAAAAAAAGUGACCAGGGGCUAUCCUUGCUGUAACUAACUCAAUAACAUUCGCUUUGCCAUUGGUGGUUAAGAAGAAUUGCAUGUGAACAAAUUUGUGUGAGGGGAGGUGGAAGAUAGAGGGAUUCCAAAAUGCAACACAAUAAAUUAUAGUCAAAUUAUAUAAGAACAAAUAUUGUUAGCAUUUAUAAUUAAAAUCACUGGUGCUUCUAGCACAGUAUUGUCUCUAAGCGCAAGACUCUAACUGGCACAAAGUCUUCUCAUACAUAGGGUGACCAUAUUAUUAGAUGGCAGAGAAAUGAAGAUAAAUGUGUAAUACAAGACCUUCUAGUACUUUCAAGAAUUUGUGCAGGAUGUUCCAUGCCUAAAAAUAUUAUUCCCAAAACAUGCGUUUUAGACAUUUUCACUCUUCUAAAAAUACAGUUCAAAAACAAAAUUUGGAAACAGAACUACUCAUCUCAUCUGCCCUCAGCAUAUUCGUAAGUACUUUUCGUAAACAGACACGACUCGCAUAUCUUGUUUUUAAAUUGUGUGUGCCCAGGUAGGCAGGCCUUUAAAUGUUAGUUUGGUGAGUUUUAAUUUGGUUCUAAUGUUAUUGAGUAAUGAUUUACCAGUGUAACCAAAAUGUAUUCAAGAACUAACAGUAAUUGAAACAUAUUGGAGAAACAGAUAAAUUCUAGCACAUUUUAAUUAGAUGAUAACUAUGCAGUCUGGUUUUUGACAACUGUUUUACUUCCACUAAUUAUAAAAAUUAAAAGAAAAAGUUAUUUUCUUGGAUUAUUCAAUCAAAUUGUGCCCACACAGUAGAAAAAUAAAAUAAAAUGUAAUUAAUCAAUGCGUAGAGAACACAUAGGGCACACACAUGCAUAUAGAAAUAUGAUAAGUACAAAUGAGCAGGUGAGUUGCAAAACUAUCCUUAUCCACCAGAAGUGAUAUUUCAGGAAAUAGGAAAAACUCAUAACUUAAGUAAUUUACAUAUUCUAUGCAGCUUAAUUUUUCUGGAGAAAGAGUGCAAUAAUAUUAGUUGACUAAUGAAAUAUUUUAAAAAUCCAGAUGAACCGCCCUGAUUUAUUCGAGAUUGUAAUAUGGAAAAGGACAGUUUUGCAGCAAACUAGCAUAAAACGACAGUUUUGGUAUUAAAACACGUAAUGGGGUAGUUGAGCUUUUUUUGUAAACUUUACAAACUUUAGCACUAUGUACAUAAUGUUACACAUAAAGCGGAAAUGUUUCUUCUGGAAAGAAUAAAAGUCUACACCACUGGAUCAUCUGCUUCAUCCACAUUGGUGCACUCUUCGAUUGCGUUUCCAUCUGUAUGCUCGACUUAUUCUUGAGCAUCAAGAACAUUUCGGUAGUAUUCUAGAUCUUCCAAGUCUUGCCAGUUCUUACCAAAAUGUUUAGAAAGAAGAUUAUUGACAUCUUUCAGUUUUGCUUUUUUUACAGGAACUGAGUGUAACAAUGGUUCUGGAUUAAUAUUGGCCACAGCCAUGCCCCUUCUGAUGAUAGAUGAAACAGUUUCACAAUCUACUUCAUAGUUGAUUUCGCCUCUAACACGGACACCAUUUUUAAUUCUUGUUAGAAUUAUCCUCUUGCACAUGAUAACCGAAAGUGCCACUGUGCUGUAGGCUUGAGUACAAUUUGCACAGAAGUUUUCCAGUCAAAAACAGGUACUUCCUUUCCAAGUCUCUUGACUGUUCCGAAUAACUUGAAAAUGUAAAUGUAUUCUUCUGGCAAACAAGCCAACCAGCUGACUGAUCAUAACUAUCUCCCAUUGGCCAUACAAAGUAUUCGAUUGUUGGCUUAUAAAGAUAAAUGGUGUGACAUAUUUAUCGUUGAGUAUUAUUCUACGUAUUUAUAUUACGUAAAGCAUAUUUCCCUACACAUUUUAGAGCAUAUUAAGUAAAUUAGCCUUGCUAUUUAUGGAGACCAGUGCUUCAGAAUACACGAUUUCGGAUAACACAAAAAUUUUUAGGAUUGCAUUAGUUGUGUUAGGUGAGGGAUUGGUGUAUCAGAAUUUGUAAUGUUAAUUGUGUCAAGAGUUGUGCAGACUGCUGAAAUAAAAACUUCACUGUGUAGUAUUUGUUUUUUUAUCUCAGAUUAUAUACGGACAGCGGGAAUUUAUGAUAACACAACUAAAGACACUGGGCACUCCACUUUACUCCAAUAUCCAGUUGUUUACAAUAUUCCGUUGUUUAAUGUGUGUGUGUGUGUCCUCUUAGCUCUCUUUGAGAUACUUUUUGUAACGUACGCUGGGCUGCAGGUAAACACUCAAAAAUGAAUAAUAAAAAAUAAGGGCUUGGAAACGUCGGCCCAUAAAACAACACAACAAAAACAAUUACCACAGAGGUGCCCAGACGUCGUACAAAGGAAUUUACUUAUAACCUACUAGGAACUCUAGGAGGCUAUGUGGAUCGAGGAUGAAUAAUAAUGAAAUAACAAGGCUGCUGGUUUGAUUUAUAUAACUGCACAAAAAGUUAUACUGUUACAGGGGGAAAACGUGAUUCAAGCCGCGGUUGAGAUGCUGCGAUCACAAAUCGUCAGCAAACAGUAAUUGAAGCCUGCGAACAAGCGCAGGUGCACUGGGUUGCACAAGAUUACGUCGGAGUGUAGAGUAAUGUAAACAAAAUUAAAUGAAAAUUAAAAAUGCCAAUUUAUUAUUUGUUUUCCUUCUUUAAAAAUUUAAAAUUAAUUUUAAAAUUCAAAAUUUGUGCCCAAAUAAUAUGAUAAACGGCACAUUUGCUUUUACAACGUAGAUAACAUCAAAAAGUAACUUCGUAAUGCUGCUUACAUUGCAUUAAGAACUUUAAUAUCUUCAAUAUUACAAUAUCCAAUGGUUUAAUAUGUGUUUUUAUUAAUUUAAGUAAUUAAUAAGAUUAAUAAUUCUGUUUUUUUUUUUUUUUUUUUCAUAAGUUUAGGUAGACUCAAAAUAUAAGUUCUUUCAGCACAUAUGGAAUAGAAUGAAGAAAUUAAAGUAACUCUUUAAGUUUCGUGUUCAUCUGAAACUGGGAAAAUUAGGUCUGUGUCUUGUAAUUCACUCAGGUCUGACAGUUCUGUAGGAGGCAGUGCAUAGUUAUUAUCCUUCUAUAACUGUUGUCACACACACUAUGUGCCUCUCAUUGUUUCUGUUCAGACAGUGUGGUUCUGGCCCUAGUGUGUGUGUUUAUUUCUAUUGAUAAUUUAUUUUUUAAAAAAAAGUUAUGCAGUGUAACUGGAAUGUGCUGGAACUAAAAAAAAAUCCAAAACUUCUGUGGAAACAUAUUUAUUUAGCAGAGGUGUGCACUUAAGCAUCAUCAUCUGCUGAGGAGAACUAUAACUGCUCAGUGCAGUAAUUCGCUGCUAGAUGAUAGCAGAAUAGCUAUUAAAACAACACUCAGGAUCGUUACAAAAUGCUUUUAAAGUGAUGUGCCUUGUGCAUUCAUCUAGGUGCAAUUAGUCAAAUGCAGAGAUUUCAUGUAAACACUGUGUACAGUAGAACCCUGGUUAUCCCCAACUAGAUCAUCUGAUUUGCGUCUCAACUGUGAUUUUUAUCUGGCCGUGUUACUUUUUAAAUGAACACAACUGUUCUGUCAUUAAAUAUUGCUGCUUGCUAAAUACUGUUAACUACAUCACUAUUAUUGUAACGCACCCAUAAUAUUUUAAAUGUUUAAAAGUACACAAUAUGUAUAUUAAUUGACCUGUUUUGGUUAAAAUAAUCUUACGUAGUAAAUGCUCACAUGAACAGACUGUACACCUCUGUGCGCAGCACGUCAUGUUGCCAUGAAAGACUCACUUCCACUUACUGUGCUGGCUUGGAAUCACCCGUGACCUGUUUGUUCUACUUACCCCUAAAAUAAGGUUACUGCUAAUGUUGUUCAGUUGAGAUAUUGUUGAGUGCUCACAUUCUGACGUGAGGUAGAGUUUUUUUAAAUUGUUUUCUUUAGUAAAGUACAUAACUGCAUUAUGUCAGAAAAUAUUCAAAAGAGAAAUAAAGUGGUUUGACAAUUGAUUGUAAAUUAUGAAACUACAGAAAGUUUUCAGAGCGAAGAGAAAUUUGCGGAACUUGCAAUUUAAUACCGGGAAAAAAUCCUCACAUAUUAUCAGCAGCCAAGAUAAGUAUCUGAAUGGUUUCAACAGGAAAGGUCUGAGGGCUAUGUAACAAUAAACCACCAGCUCUCAUGAAUUAAAAUAUAAUAAAACCAUAACUCUUAAUUUUUCUAAAAAUCAUAGAAGUGAGUUUUGAUUUUGUGCACUAUUACUUAGAGCUGUACCAAUUCACAAAAUUUUGCUGGUAUGCCGAUACGCCAGUACAACUUCUGUCGAUUCAUCGAUUCCAAACAUUUUGGUUAAUAAAAUUUUAUAAAUUUAUUAAAUUACACAAAAUAAAUCAUUCUAAGAAAAGAAUGCAAGCAAAUGCAUUAGUAUAUAACAUAUUUUAUUUUGUUUUCAUUUGUUUGUUGAUGACCCGUUAGUUGCUUAUUUAAACAUGAGUUUACUAAUGGAGGCUAGAAAAUGUAAUUAUUUAAUAUAUAAUUAUAUGAAAUAAGAUUAUUUAAUAAUAUGUAACUAUGAAAUAUUUUGAUUCACAAAAUACAAUGUUUAAAGAAAUGAAUUUAAAUUAUGCAAUAUUGCAAGACUUUGUACAUGUUCACAAUUCAAGACCAGGAAUUCCAAUACCAUCUUAAUGUGUGCGGCUGCGAAAAUGUUUGGUACCAAACAUUUAUAAGGAAAUGUGUUUCAUGUGGUCGCUUUACAUGGGAAACCAUAAAAGUAAUUUACAUUAUGUGAAGUCCUAUAUUAUUUGGUUAUUAUUAGGGAUGGGCGGGUCAAAUCCUCAAAUCCCACAGAAUCUCUAGUAUUUGAAAGAUUCGGGAUUCGAGGAAAAAGAUUUAGGCUUUGAGGGAAAAAAUUCCAAGAAAAAUAUUGGAGUAAAAAUAGGAAAUUUAUCAUGCUUAUUAAUGUUCAUUUUUGUACUUUUUCCAACUCCAUUCCCCAAAAUAUUCUUUUAUUAUUUAUGUAUUGAGUAAAUUAAAUACUCAUCCGGAAAACUUAAUUAUGAAACGAAUAUAAAUGUAUAGGAGUUAUGAAACAAAUAUAAAUGUAUAGGUUGACAUUAAAGGACCCAAAAAUAUGGUGAAGCGCGAAAUUUGCAGUAAACAACAAAAAAUCUAACUGUUUUUAAAGUUAUUCCCGAACUUUCUCAACUUUUUUUGUAAAAACAAAGUUUGGCGUGGUACACAGCUGUUAAGUGAGUUGAUAGAUGCUGUUUCUGAAAUUGCCAUGCAGAACGUCAUAGAUAUUUUAACACAGGAAACAAAUUUCAAUAACAAAGUAUUUUGAUAUAUCUUAAAAAUAAUUUUACAAAGCCCAUCAAUUUUAUUUAUAAACACCACAAACGCGAUACACAGCAUGAUUCUUUAUGCUGUGAUUGUACGUCUUGUAUCUUCAUAGCGUUGGUUAUUUAGUGGGUAAAAUAAAAGAAAGUAUGGCUUUGUUUACAGGAAAAGCUGCAAUGCUUAUAUUUAUUCUUGGUUUUAUGUAUAUUUCUUUCAAGAAAUAAUUGUUAAUGGUAUGUGAAGACAUGUUACAAUGUGUUUAACGUACUUUUAGACCCGUACCCAUGGUUUCAUUUACUUUAUUUAUUAAAACAUCUAGAAAUGUACACAUUGUUUAGGAUCUGCCCUGUUUAUACCUAAAAAUGGAGGUGGUGUACUGCUUCAGUUAGUACCUACUACAUGUUUGAGUGAUUUAACAAGUAAGUUAUUUAAAUUUUUUGGUUGAAUUUAUGAAAGUUAUGGUGUUCUUAUGUAUAUUUUUUGAGAUAGUUCCUGAAACCCGAAACUGUUUUCUAUUUUAUAAAAACAAUGAGUAAUUCUGAAGAAAAGCCUUUUUUACAGUUGGUGGAGGGGGGGGGGGGGGACCUUGAAAAAGACUUUUUCUUAAUUUCUUGGCAUGUUUACAAAUUAUUCUGCAAGAUGGCAUCAUGAUACUUAGAGUAAUUUUUCAUUUUAUCAAUAAUUGUUUAAGUUAGUUAUAAAUAUAAUAAUGUGAUAUUAUGACAUAGGUGGGUUGGUAUAGUUAGCGACAGUUAAAAUAGUGUAAAGUCUUUAGGAAUUACCAAUUUAAAACGAAGGUAACAAUCUCAGAAACAAACCAGUACUAUGAAGAAGCAUUUUGUGUUUGUUAAAAUUUUUAUUUUUGACUCUUGAAACGUAGGUUCGGAUUUGGGGGGUGGAUUCAAGGCACUCUUUGAGAUUCAGAUUGAAUAUUCAGAUUCAAGAAAACAUUUCUUUGCAGUUCAGCAAGUUGGUUAUUUCCAUUGUUUUUAAUGGUAGCCAUAUUCUAAAUAAAGCAAGUUUUUGUUCAGUCUAACUUGACUGUGCUGGCGAUAUAUUUAUUUACCAUGUAUUAGAUUCAAAAAGUUAUUAAAACAUAAGAUGCUUAAGUUUGAUAUUUACGGCUGGCAUGAGUAGCUAAGAAAUUAUGUGAGUUCAAAGUUUGUAGUAGUACAAAAAGUGAAAAGGAUACUGUUGAAUUUUUAGGUAAUGACAGGCAAUUUUAUUUUUCAAUACUAUCGGCCAAAAAUUAACAAGUGUAUCGUGAAUCGGCAGAAAUGCAAAUUGAACUAAAUAUUGGCAAGAUCGGCUUCUGUCGAUUCGUAUCGGCACAGCUCUACUACUACUUGUUGCCAACUAAGAUUGUACAAUCAUCUAUUUUUCAUCACCUGAUGCAAUAAAUACCAGUGUUUACAUGUCACGAAAGUUAUGAAAAAUUGCCUAAAAGAACAUUAAUAUGUUGGAAGUCAAAAAAAAAAAACUAGAUUUUUCAACAGCUUUUUUUUUUUUUUUUUUUUUUUUUUUACUUGCAUUUAGUUUUCUUUAUGUCCCACUUUAUUUUAUGGUACACUUUAAAUAUACUAGAACAGUACUAUACAUUUUAAUCAUAUGAAAAUUAUCUCUGAAAAAUGGUUUUAGCUUUCUAACAUGCAAAUUGGAUGUUCCUGCAGUUAGUAGAUUUAUAUUGUAUUAUGUAUUUAAUUUAGAUUAUUACAUUAAAAAAAUAACAGUGUGAUGAAGAAAAACUGUAAGAUAAUUUUAUUAAAACAUCCUGAAAAGUCAUGUUAAUGGUUCACCAGGUAUUUGUAGUCAGCCUAAAUACUUUACAGAGAGCAGGAUUUAUGUACUGUAUGUACAAACUGUUUCUCUGGCCACAAUUUCUGACAAAAUUUAGUGAAGUAAUGUUAAACUGACUAUAAUGUAAAGUGACUCUACACACAACUUAUUCUAGCAAUAAUGUAAAAAAAAAAAAGAAACAAAA